GCGAAUUUACAUUCACAAAUGCAAGGAUUAUCCUUAGGUGAUAGUAAUAAACCGAAAACCAUACAAAAGUUACCUAGUAAAUAUAAACCAAAUGAUGUUAAUAGGAUGCCAAAUUUAAUCAAAAUGGCUAACAGUUUGAACACUCAAUCAACGACGCAUAAGGCAAAUAACGAUAGUCUCAUCGGUACAUAUGAUGGUGGUUUAGAACGCGAUGAAGAGGAUAGAAAGAGUGACUUAGCAGGUGGUGAUAAAGGUAGAAUAUUAGAUUUACAAUUACGUGGACAAGCGUGGAACUUGAAUAUGUUUGACGUUGGUAGACCUCUAGGUAAAGGUAAAUUUGGUAGAGUUUACAUGGCACGUACGCGAACUCAACCACCAUUCGUCGUUGCAUUGAAGUGUCUUUAUAAGACUGAAUUAGUAGAAGCACGCGUAGAAAAGCAAUUAAGAAGAGAGAUAGAAAUUCAAGCUAAUUUAAGACAUCCUAAUAUUUUACGUUUAUAUGGUUUCUUUUAUGAUGGUAAACGUAUUUUCCUCAUGAUAGAGUUUGCUGGAAAGGGUGAACUUUACAAACAACUCAAUAAAUUAGGUAGAUUUAGCGAUAAGCGUAGUAGUAGAUACAUAGCACAAAUGGCAGAUGCUUUACUUUAUCUUCACAGUAAACACGUCAUUCAUAGAGAUAUCAAACCAGAAAAUCUACUCUUAGGUAUAAACGGAGAAUUGAAGAUUGGUGAUUUCGGUUGGUCGGUACAUGCGCCAGGAAAUAGAAGAACAACAUUAUGUGGUACAUUAGAUUAUCUACCACCUGAGAUGAUUGAGGGAAGGGAACAUACAGCAGCAGUUGAUUUAUGGAGUUUAGGUGUUUUAGCUUAUGAAUUUUUGGUUGGUGGACCACCAUUUGAAGAGAGUGGGCAUAGUGCAACAUAUAGACGUAUAAGUAGAGUUGAUUAUAGUAUACCUUCACACGUAUCACCUGAAGCACAAGAUUUGAUAAGCAAAUUACUAGUACAUGAACCUGAACAACGUUUGAGUUUGGAGAAAGUACAAAAUCACCCAUGGAUUCUUAAGUAUAAAAAAUCUUCUAGGUCAACAGGCGUUGUAUAAUUUUAAUCUAAACUCUGAAAAUUUCUUCUGGAAUUGAUGUAAAGCUUGUGAAUAAAGGUACACCAUUGUUUGAUUGAGUUGAUUGCAUAUCAAAAUUGCUACUUGAUGGUAAAAUGUGUAAAUAUUCUAAAAAGCAUAAAAAAUAAUUACUAAAUGUUGGUAAUUCAACAUGAUUGCAAUCUAAAAUUGGUCGCUUAUUUAAGCCAGCUGAUUGUGCGUAUAUUGAGUUAUCUAAAUCACUAUAAAAAUCAAUGCAAUUUGAACAUAAAUUUGGUUUUGAAGAUCUUCUACCUCUUUUAACUCUCUGACUAACUAAUAAAGGCUGUCUAUUAACUAAGUCUUCAUCUGUAAAGAGAUCUAAAAUUUCAGCUGAAAUGUUUGAGGGUAAACUGGAUGAUAUGCUCGAAGGUGUGAAUGUAAUGUUAUCAAAGUCACCUCCAAUGAAGGUACCCGUACCAUCAUGAGUUGGCAAUUGAUUAAACAUUUCGGACAUGAGAGUAUGUGGGAAAGAUAGGAGGCUAAUUAAGGUGAUGUCAUGAAACUAAUUAAGCACAUAAUUACAAAGGUACGAUAUGUAAACCUAAUGGACUACCAUUUAAAUUGAAAGUAUAGGUAAUUUCUUGAUUAUCUCUAAGAAUGAUAACUCUGACGUCGUUGCCUCUAUUCUCCUGUAUGAAUCCUGGUAACUUUUCAAAGUUAUCUAACGUGAGAUGACUAAAUGGACCGAAUUGGAUGAUCAGAUCAUCUUUCAACAAACCAGCGUUGUCUGCUAUUGAAGAUGGUUUUAUUGAUUUCACGAUAGACCAAGGGGUUGAAUGUUUAAUCGGCUUUCUAUCACUUGACGCCGCUGUUUUCGGUUGUUGCUCCAGGAAUUUAUAAAUAUCUUGAUUAAUUCUCUCUAAAUCAUUUUGUAAUACAGUCAACCUUUGUCUAUACUGAGUUAUAGUCACUAUAUCUAAAUCAUUCCUUGGGAAACCUUCUUUAUCUAGUAAAGGUGUAGAUUUCUUAAUAUUAUUAUCUUUAAAAUAACUAAAUAUUAUAUUUAAUUCAUUAUUUAUAUCUUCUCUUUUAUUAAUUAAAUCGCUCAUCUCUCUUCUAGAUUGACGUCC